AUGAAUCGCUGCUGGGCGCUCUUCCUGUCUCUCUGCUGCUACCUGCGUCUGGUCAGCGCCGAGGGGGACCCCAUUCCCGAGGAGCUCUACGAGAUGCUGAGUGACCACUCCAUUCGUUCCUUCGAUGACCUCCAACGCCUGCUGCACGGAGACUCCGGAGAUGAAGACGGGGCUGAAUUGGACCUGAAUUUGACCCGGUCUCAUUCUGGAGGCGAGCUGGAUAGCUUAUCCCGCGGGAGAAGGAGCCUAGGUUCCCCGACAGUCGCUGAGCCAGCCGUGAUCGCCGAGUGCAAGACACGCACCGAGGUGUUCGAGAUCUCGCGGCGCCUCAUAGACCGCACCAACGCCAACUUCCUGGUGUGGCCGCCCUGCGUGGAGGUGCAGCGCUGCUCUGGCUGCUGCAACAACCGCAAUGUGCAGUGCCGCCCCACGCAAGUGCAGCUGCGGCCCGUUCAGGUAAGAAAGAUUGAGAUAGUACGGAAGAAGCCAAACUUUAAGAAGGCCACGGUGACCUUGGAGGACCACCUGGCGUGCAAGUGUGAGACGGUGGUGGCACGAUCCGUGACCCGAAGUCCUGGGAGUUCCCAGGAGCAGCGAGCCAGGACGCCCCAAACUCGGGUGACCAUUCGCACGGUGCGAGUCCGCCGGCCCCCCAAGGGGAAGCACCGGAAGUUCAAGCACACGCAUGACAAAAAGGCACUGAAGGAGACCCUUGGAGCCUAG